ACAAGAUCACACGGGCAGUCAACAUCCAGCAACUAGCUAGAUUGUGUCAUUGUAAAGAAGAAAAUCUUCUAAGUUCUCCAUGGCUUUGGAGCAUCAGCCUUGUGACAUUUGGUUGAAACCAAGACGACAGCCACUCUGGACCUUGUCCUUACAUGACAGAGCAGGAGCUAAUCUCCACUCUCAGUCUCCUGAUUCAGCACCAGGACGUCCUCCUCGUUGCAUCUCCUGGGCCCUCCUUCUGAUCUUGUUCUUGGAUGUGUUUCUGUUGACAACUGCUCUUGCAUUAUUGUUAUGUCUAUCAAAUGAGCAACGGAUCAUGCAGAAGAAUGUCUCCAAUUCGAUAGUGGAAGUUCAAGCCAUGCUUGCAAAAUCAGAAGCAGAAAUCUUCCCUGGAUUAAGUGAGCGGCUUUUGUUACAGCAAGAAAACAUUUCCUACUACAGGCAGGUCCUGGAUAAUAUGUCUGACUUCCGGGCUGAAAGAGAUCUGCAAAGCAUAAUAGAAAUACUACCACGGAAACAUAUCUGCCAGCAGAACAAGAAUGGAGAAGUGUCCUCCUGUUUUCCAUGUGGUACUAAUUGGCUGGCUUUUAAAGAGAACUGUUACUACUUUGUAUUGGAGAGAAAGGACUGGUACAGUUCCAAAGAGUUCUGUGCAAACCACAAAGCCACAUUAGUUGUUAUCAACAGUGAAGAAGAGCAGGACUUUAUCACUGAGCAACAUAACUCCGAGUUUUUCUGGAUUGGGCUAAGCGACACUGAAGAAGAAGGUGAAUUCAAGUGGGAGGAUGGAACAAACUUCACGACCACAACAACGUUCUGGAGAGCAGAUCAACCAGAUAAUUUCCUUGAUAACGAAGACUGCAUCUCACGAGAUCCCAAUGAAGGCACCUGGAAUGAUGUACCCUGUAGCUACAAUUAUUUCUUCAUCUGUGAAAGGACAACCCUUUUACUUGAUGAUAUAAAAAUGCAGUUAACAGUGACACAUAAUAUUUAAGGCUGAAUUGUGCUGAAAAAGUUGAAAGUUAAAACUUACUGUGUCUACUGCUGAUGUUGCCACUGAAAAAUAUUUCUGAUAUUGCAUACUUCAAUAAAUGACUUGUGAAUCCUUUAUAUUCAUUAGUGAUUUUGCCAGCAUAUCAAAUGUCACAAUACACAGAGAUGACUGAAUUACUUAUUUAUUGGUGUUUUGUAAAUGUCAUUAACACCAAAAGAAGCCUUUGUUAAGUUCUUGUUACAUAAAACUAAACGAGUAAUGGAUGCAUUUUUGCAGUACUUAAACUAAAGUGUUACCAAAGUUAAAAAUCACUGUCUCUCUGUAAUCAGAAUAUAAGUUUGAUAUGUCACAGUACUCUGUGCAAAUAUUUUAAAUCUACUUUUCCUUUCUACUCACAAUUACAGCUAACAGAAAGCCAGAUUUAGCACAUAGGAGUUCACCAGAGAAGAACUGCUAGGCAAGCUUUUUAAGACAAGACAAGUUAAGGACAACUGUGAAAUGGGCCUUGUACUAUUUCUGUGUGUCAGAGUCAGCAUGACAUUUGAUCUUCUUUUCCUUGUUUGGAAUGGCAUGAGUCAUCUAAGUGGGGGCCUGCACAUGGCAAAAAUGUCAGACUCUACACAAGGUCUUGUCAUGGCUUCCUC